AUGCAAAUGAUGCCCGGUGACCCUUUUUCCCUAUCUACUUCAAUCGGAGGCUUCUCUCAAGAGCAAAACACAAACCCUAACCCUAAACCUAAUCCCCCUCCCAAGAAGAAGAGAAACCUUCCAGGAACACCAGAUCCAGAUGCCGAGGUCAUUGCUCUAUCGCCCAAGACCCUCAUGGCAACGAACCGAUUCAUAUGCGAAAUAUGUAACAAAGGGUUCCAGAGAGACCAAAACCUUCAGCUUCACCGAAGGGGUCACAACCUCCCAUGGAAGCUACGACAAAGGUCCAAUAAAGAGGUAAGGAAGAAGGUUUAUAUCUGCCCAGAACAAUCCUGCGUCCACCACGACCCUGCAAGAGCACUCGGCGACCUCACUGGCAUCAAAAAGCACUUCAGCAGAAAGCACGGCGAGAAGAAGUGGAAGUGUGAAAAGUGCUCCAAGAAAUACGCAGUCCAGUCAGAUUGGAAAGCCCACACCAAAACCUGUGGCACUAGAGAAUACAAAUGCGACUGUGGCACCCUCUUCUCCAGGAAGGACAGCUUCAUUACCCAUAGAGCAUUUUGCGAUGCCUUGGCUGAAGAGAGUGCGAGACUCACCUCAGUUACCUCAACAAAUCUAAAUUUCAAGAGUGAAGAGGGUGGAAAUGGGAUGAACUCGCAGCAUGGUUUGGGAGGCCAUGCACUACUUGCAGCACAAAGUCUUCAAAAUGUUUCUGGCAUUCCACAAUUUAGUCCACAUGGUUUUCGUUUGGAUUUUAAUGGAAUGGAACAACCGAGGCCUAGCUUGUCACUGUGGUUGAACCAAGGGAAUCCCCAGAUGAAUAAUAAUAGUAAUGUUAGUAGCAACAAUAAUGGUCCCGAUGUGGGACCCAAUUACAUGUCGUCAUGCUCUUCUUCAGGUUUGCCUGAUAUUGUGCAAAUGGCUCAGGCUAAUGCUUUGAUGGGUUCUUCAUCGAUGGUAUCUAAUUUUGGAGUGCCUGCGGGUUCUAAUUCCACCAGUGCAAAUCUUUCUCUGUCGUCACUUCCUAUUGGGAAAAGAGGGGAAACAGGUGGAACUGUAGUGGACUUGGCUUCAAUUUAUAAUUCUGAGGGUCAAAACAAGAAUUCAAAGCCUGCUUCACCUAUGUCAGCCACUGCGCUUCUUCAGAAAGCAGCACAAAUGGGUUCCACCAGAAGCACCAACCCUUCCAUUUUCAGUGGUAGUUUUGGAGUGAUGAACUCACCUUCCUCACAAACUACCAGUCUCAAUAAUAACAACAACAACGGCGGUGCAGGCAUGAUGCUGGGAAGUAACACUGCUGCUGCAGCAACUGAUUUUACCUCAUUGACGCAUUCAUCAAACAGUUUUGAAGAACUUGUGAUGCAAACCAAUGCGCAGUUGCAAAGUGAGCCUGUGAAGUUGAAGCUUCGUUCAAGGGCCGUGGAGCACAAUUUGACAAGGGAUUUUCUUGGAGUCAGUGGAGGAGGAGGAGGUGGUGGACCUCAGUUCCUACCCCAAGAACUUGCAAAGUUUGCUUCCUUGGGCUCGCCAAUGGGAUUGAGCCAAUUCACAAGUAACCAAUGA